AAGAUUCUCUUUAACGUGAUUACUUACUAGUAAUAGUUCCUCAUCAUGGCUGAACUAUCGCCUGAAGAAAUCCAGCUGAGGGCCAACCAGGUCACCGAUGAGUCGUUGGAAAGCACAAGGAGGAUUCUUGGCCUGGCCAUUGAGUCUCAUGAUGCUGGCAUCAGAACUAUCACCAUGCUGGAUGAACAGGGAGAACAACUGAAUCGCAUAGAAGAAGGCAUGGACCAGAUAAAUAAGGAUAUGAGAGAAGCUGAGAAGACACUGACAGAGCUCAAUAAAUGUUGUGGGCUCUGUGUCUGUCCUUGUAACAGGACAAAGAACUUCGAGGCUAGCAAGACAUACAGAACGACCUGGGGAGAUGGAAAUGAGAACUCGGCAGAUCAUGUGAUAUCCAUGCAACCAAGAAGAAUAAAUCAGCAGCAGUUUCAGACUGCAGGAGGACCAAGUGGUGGAUAUAUUACAAGGAUAACAAAUGAUGCCAGAGAAGAUGAAAUGGAUGAAAAUCUUGCUCAAGUGGGAAACAUUCUUGGGAAUUUGAAAAACAUGGCUUUGGAUAUGGGCAAUGAGAUUGAUGCCCAGAAUAAACAAAUAGACCGGAUAAAUGAAAAGGCUGAUACAAACAGGGAACGCAUUGAGCAAGCCAAUGUCAGAGCCAAGAAACUAAUUGACAAUUAAAGCCUGCUGUCAUUGUUAAUGACACUGUCUCUCCAGCUGCAAGCCACCAUAUUCAUGGAUCUGUGAAUCUUCUGUGAAUCUUCUAAUCUGAAAUAAGAGGGGCUUGGUAAAAUGAAGCAGAACCCUUUCUGUAGGGAUU